AAAUGAAAAGCAGCAGCCAGCUGUUCAGCAGCUGUUUACCAGCUGUGAGCCCGUCCUCCUCUCAGAGAGGACAGGGUUUUAUUUUAGAAUCAUCUGAAAACUGGUCCAGACUCUGUUUGGACCUCAGACAGAAAACAUGAGAGCUGUGAGAAGCUUCAGUGUUUUUCUGCUCAUGCUGGCAGCUCUGACAGCAGCUGAAGCAGGACUGACGAGCAGCAGAAGAGACAGUUCAGAUGGGUUCUGUCUGAACAGAGGGACAUCUGUCCCUUCUCUGUCCACUGGUCAACACAUGUUCUGUCUUUGUCCCGACGGCUUCACUGGAAGCCGAUGUGAAACACGUCAGACGCUUGUGUCCAAACCAAACCCGACCAACUCUCCUCGUCCUCCUGUAGCUCCAGCGAACACUGCCGGCUGUUAUGAAGGUGUAGGUUUGUACUACAGAGGCACCGUCUCCACAACAGUGAGCGGGACCACCUGUGAGGACUGGGACUCGGACACCAGGACCAGCCACCUGUCCUCGGAUGUCCUCUCUGGGAGACACAACUACUGCAGAAACGUGAACCUCAGGUUGCGCCCCGGGUGUUAUGUCAGGAAAAACCUCCGUCUGGUUUGGGAAUACUGUAAUAUCCCACUCUGUGACUUUAAAUCCCCAGUUAAUCCUGCACCGUCACCUGCACCCACUCAAACACAGACAGCAGCAGAGCUGACGUGUGGUCAGCGGCCUGGAAGGAGGCAGAUGAGGAUUGUGGGGGGAUCGGUGGUCUCGGUGAAGUCCCACCCCUGGUUCGCUGCCAUAUUCCAGAGGACCAGACAGGUGGAGGUUUUCCUCUGCGGGGGCAGCCUGAUCUCCCCCUGCUGGGUCCUCACGGCAGCCCACUGCUUCGACGGCGGACUUCAGAGCAGAAAGCAGCUGUUCUCCGUCGUUCUGGGGAAAAGCUCCCUGAAUCAGAUGGACUCAGCGGCGGAGCAAACCUUCAGGGUGGAGGAGAUCUUCAUCCAUGAGGAGUACAACAACAGUCAGGGAAACUACAACAAUGACAUCGCUCUUGUGAAGCUGGAGGCCAAACAGGGAAAGUGUUCGGAGGAGACGGACUGGGUGAGGACGGUCUGCCUGCCGCCGCCGCAGCGCCGGCUCCAGCCGGGGGUCACCUGUGAGAUCGCCGGCUUUGGGAAGGAGCGUCACGGGUCGUCCCGUUUCUCUCAGAACCUCAGAGAGGCUCAGGUGGACCUCGUCGCCGAUGACGUCUGCAGACAGGAGGGCUAUUACUCAGACAUGAUCACCGACAACAUGUUCUGUGCCGCCCGGCCCGACUGGAGCCAGGACGCAUGCACGGGGGACUCUGGAGGUCCGCUGGUGCACGAGGUCCAGGGCAGGCUCUUCCUGUUCGGCGUCGUCAGCUGGGGCGACCGGUGCGCCGUGCAGAACCGACCCGGCGUUUACGCCCGAGUCACCAACUACAACAAGUGGAUCGGAGAGAAGACGGGUCUGGCCUCGAUCGCCGCUGGAACCAUGUUCCCCCUGAAGUGAUUUUUAUCAGCUGAAGUGGGACGGUGUGGAGUCGAUAUGAGCAGUCAGCGUCUUACCUGCAGUAAAAAGCUGAAGCAGUU